UUCGAUGCAAACUUCUCUUCAUAUUGUCCCUGACUUUGCUUCCAGAGAGGACGAUCCCUGCUAGCCUCUGGUCUGGGAGGGGGAACACAUUUAAUUUUCUUGAUUAUCUCUUGCAUAACUCGACCACGACAGCUCCGAAACUUCCAACCCUGAGAAUCUGUAGCAUCAACUACUUUAGUUGUCCGAAAAAUUCCCAACAUUUGAGUACCCACUUCUCCUGAAACAUGUAUCAAUGGUUGAAAAUCACACCAUAUAUCAGUCCAGAAGUAAGUGCUAGCUCCAUCCUUUAAGUCAAUCUUGAAGAAAGUAGCCGCGACAUCCCUCAGUUUCAAAAGCUUUUUCCACAUCCAAGAGCCACAUGUUGUUGUUGGUGAGAUAUCCCAAAAAGAAGAUCCCCUGAUGAGGUACUAAUAAACCCAAGAUACCCAAAGGGAAUUUUUCCUUGAAAGAAUCAUCCAAAUAAGCUUUAGUGAGAAAAACCAUUGAUGUAUCUCUCAAUUUCCGAAUACCCAAUCCUCCUUCGUUUUUAGGCACACAAAUAUCAGACCAAGCAACUUUAGCUUUUGAGGUGAUGUUAGGAGAACCAGACCACAAAAAAGCCGAGCACAUUUGUUCUAUUCGAUCCAAACAGCCAGAGGGUAGUUUAAAAGCAGAGCACCAAAAUUUUGCAGUACUAGUGAUCACUGAUUUUAUGAACUGGAGUCUUCUUGCGUAUGAAAGAUUUUUACUCGUCAAGGAUAAGAAGAGAGAACGUAUCUUAUCAAUAAGCGGUUCAUACUCCAGUCGUGUCAUAGUUUCGGUAGUCAAAGGUAAACCCAGAUAACGAAUUGGCAGGGUUUCCACAGGAAUACCCAAGAGAGUGGCAUGUUCUAGCAGAUCAUUUGAAGUAGUCCCAGCCAUAUAAAGAGCAGACUUGCUCAUAUUUAUUUGUUUUAUUUUCACAAGUGCGGUUUUGAUCGGUUACUGUUGGGUUAUUCAAUUUUUUCUUGAUUGGUAACAUAUGUGUGGUAACAUAUGCGUUUUUUCUCUCUCCAUACCACAAAUACGCUUCUCUUUUUGGACGCCAAUCACAACAUUAGACUUAGCGAGACAGUUUGAAGGUAUUGAAAUUCGAUUAUAGUCCAAAUUCGGUGAUGUAAGUUAUAAGAGCAUGAUUAAUGGAGGUUCUUGGAGUGGUGGAUUUUUAGCGGAAUAUAAGAACCCGACCCUAAGAACCCCUCAUUAAUCAUGCUCUAACAAUACCAACCGAACUACAAUUACAUUAUAAAAAUAGACUUAAUUCCACAGCUAAUUUUUCAGAAUACAAACGAUGAUGGCUAUAUGUGCUUAUUGAAAUUUGAGAUUUAAUAGGAAUUUUAUUUUGAUCAACCGAUACUAUUUUGGUUUCUCCUGUCCAUCCUUUUCCAUUAAAGAAAAUAAUAAACAAAAUACCAUUUAAAAGUAGUUUAGUUAAUCACUUCAUCUGAACCUCCACAUGAUUUGUUCAGAUGCUUUAUCUACGGAUACGGAUCUUACCGUUAACUCCACCCAAAAGGCCAAAUUUGCAUUAUUAUUAUUUUUGUUAAAAACCAAACUUGCAUUAUUAUCAUAAUUAACUUGUUUCAUUAUAUUUUUAUUGAUUAAUAUAAGUACAACGCAAACGUGUAGAUGUAGAUCAUACUGGCAGGCUCAUGUGAUCAACAUCUUGCCGUUAACUCCACCCAAAAGGCCAAAACUCGCAUUAUUAUUUCUUUUGGUAAAAACCAAAAUUUGUUUUUUAGAGAAAAUAUGUAUGAAGGCAAAAGCUUGCAUUGUUAUUUUGUUGGUAAAAACAAAAACUUCCAUUAUCAUAGUUGCUUUAUUAUAUUUUAUUGAUUAAUAUAAGAACAACAUAAACGUGUGGUAAAUUUUUUCCGAACAAAAGAAGAGCAUUCUUGUGCUUGGAAAUCUUUUCAUUGUUCUUAUUUCUUUUGAUCCCCUAGUUUAGGAUCAUGAGAUUGUACAAACUUUUUUUGUUGUUAUAAAGUUAACAUUUCAGCAUUAAAAAAAAAGUGUGGUAAAUCAUUAUUUUAGAAGGAAAAUAAAUAAAAAAUACUUACAUUAUCACUCUUCUUUACUUUGAGUCACAGAAUUAAAAAUUUUAAUAUAGAUUUAAAUUCAUAAUUUUUCUUUUAAAAAAUGUGAUAGUCGCGUUGAGCUUUCUUCUUGUAUCCUCUUUGGAAAUGUUGGAUUCCUCCAUUUUCAACAGCUUACUCGGUUUCAGGUAACUGAAGCAUUUUCAACGGGGCUAAAACAUGAAAUGCACAAUCGUGGAUCAGCAUUGUCCAUGCAUUGUCCUCUGGCACCACAUUGCAGUCCGUAAGUUCACGUGUAAUGUGUAGUUGCUGGAAAAAAAAAAAGGAUCAAUACCAUUAAAAGGAGAUCAUUCCCAUUUUAUGCCCUUAAUGAAAUAUUUCAGUUUUUCAAAAUUGUCUUUAAUUUUAUGAACAAACUAAAAUUUUCAUUAAUGGCAUUAUUGUCUUUCGGUUUUUGGGUCUACCCAUUACAUUUAAAUGGACUUGGUGUUGUAUAACAAGUAAUUUUUAACAUUCUGGCCUAUCAUACAUUACAUCCUCCGUUUGUUUUAUUUUGUAUCCCGUUGCUCAUCACAUUACAUCGUUAGCAACAUGUUACUAUUAUAUGCAUGUAUUUUGAAUAUAACUAUAUGUAACCAAAAAAAAAACUAGUCGGUAGCAAUACUUUUAUAUAAAUCUGAGUGCACAUAGAUUUAAGGUUAGAAAACUUCAUAUUUACAUAUACAUUGGAUAGCAGAUUUUCUUAUUUUAGCCCAUGUUUGUGAAAUAAAUUAGAUAUGGCCCAAAUUUGUUAAUUAAUUAGAUGGGUUAUGUUUAUAUAUAAUCCAUUUCAUAGCCCAUAAACGUUUUUGAUAAUAACAAAUAAAUUAAAAUCUGCAAUAAUUUUAAAAAGUAAUAUCAGAUAUUGAAAUUUCCUAACUAAAUGAUUUAAAGAUUUUAUCUCAAAACUAAAAAAAAAAAUAGGGUCACUUUAUAUGUUUAGAAAUACAACCAUUGUUUAACUUAUUUACAAACAUAAAACGGUUGCGUGAGACAUUGUAAAAUAAAUAUUUCUUCAUACUGUACACUCUACAAAAUUUCUUAUUAUAUAUAAUCAAAUCAUAUGACUUAUGUUUAAUUUAUUGAAAUAAUCAGCAAUUCAUAUACCCGCACUUUUUAUAUAAAUAAGUAACAAAUAACAGAUCCGCAUAAUUGAAACUUGAUCAUGUGAUAUUUUAUAUAAUCAAAACAAAAAACAUAUCAAUCCAUUUGUAGAUAAAACAACAAAAAUAGUACCCGCACUUUUUAUAUAAUUAAGUAACAAAUAACAGACCCGUAUAAUUGAAACUUGGUCAUGUGAUAUUUUAUAUAAUCAAAACAAAAGACUUAUCAAUCCAUUUGUAGAUAAAACAACAAAAAUAGUAUCCGCGCUUUUUCAGAAAUCUAGUACAUUAUUAUUACUUAAGCUAUAGAAAGAAAAGGAUGAGAUCUGCAUGUUGGUAAAAAAAGGAUGAGAUCUGCACGAAUGGCAUGAGCUUUUUAAAUAGCAGACAAGCCAGCAUUGGUUUUAAUUAGCCCCUCGUGCAAUGAGCACAUCUUAAUGCCUUGAAAGAAAAUUUGAGAAUUGAGCUUAGAGGAUGGUAUUGGUUGGCAAGAGAUAUAGAUCUUGAUUAUUACUUUUAUAUUAAGUUAAGAUGCCUUUUGUCACCCUCGAAAGGAGACACUAUAUUGAUGAUCUAAAUAUUCUAACCACCAUGGAUUCUCAUAUGUCUCUCUUUCCUGAUGGUGUAUAUAUGUAUUCCCGGGGAGGCAUUGAGAAGGCAGAACAAUCAUCGUUAUCUCUCUCAUCUUUAGCUUAAAGAUCAACAAAAUGGCAAUCUCUUUUCAUGUUCGCUCUAACAGUUUCCCUUCUAGACUUCACCCACAAGCUGCUCAUGUGGAUGAGCAGUUGAUUCGUUUGAGAUCUUCUGAGGAAGCGUCAACAUCUUCAAGCUCUUCAAUCUGUCAAAGACUUAACAACCUUCAAGAGCUUCACCAAUCUCUUGAAAAACUUAUUCACUUACCUGCCACAGAGCAUGCUCUAGCUCAAGAGCAGAACAAGAAAGCCACCGAGAAACUUCUUGAUGGAUCUCUCAGGAUCUUGGAUCUAUGCAACAUUUCCAGGGACGCUUUGUCGCAGAUGAAAGAAGGUCUCAUGGAGAUCCAAUCCAUUCUAAGAAGAAAGCGCGGAGAUCUAUCAGGAGAGAUUAAAAAAUACUUAGCCUCAAGAAGAUCUCUCAAGAAGUCAUUCCAAAGGGUCGUCAAGAGUUUGAAGGUCAAACAAAACCUGAAGUGCAACGAUGACUCUUUCGCUGUCUUUGAAGAAGCAGAAGCUAUCAGCGUGAACCUUUUUGAUUCUCUCUUCUGCUUUAUGUCUGGAUCAAAGACUUGUAGCAAAUGGUCACUGGUCUCAAAGUUGAUUAACCAGAAAAAAGUUUCAUACGAAGCUCAAGGAAACGAAUUCACAAAGGUGGACUCCGAAUUCCAGUCUGAGAAGACCUUGAAGAUGGAAGAUGGUCAGAACCUAGAGUCAUGCAUUCAAGAUCUUGAAGAUCGACUUGAAUCUCUCUCUAAGUCUUUGAUCAAAUACAGAGUUUCAAUUCUUAACAUCUUAGGCCAAUAAGCCUACAAUUUUGUAUAUACAUGAAAGAAAAUUUAAUCGAAAUUAUUUUAUGAUUUAUCAUAUACUUUCUGUUAUCCAUUAUUAAUUUGUGGUCUCGUCGUGAUUAACUUGAGGAAAAAACCCAAUACGGUGAAGUCACCAGGAUUCGAGUCCCAACCACUGGGGAAUUAACAUUUCAGCAUCGCCAGAGACAGAGGACCGACACGUGGCAACACGUGACUAAU